AUGCUGUGGUACGGAAACUACGGGUAUUUUCGCGAGAAGCAGAAGCAUAAUACCACCAACUGGAAAUGUGCCUGCUACAACAAAUAUCGCUGCAAAGCACGGGCUGUGACGAAGGAAAUCGGUGGAGAGUACUACUUCCGGAUAACCUGUGAUGAACAUACCCAUCCUCCGUAUUCAAGUGGCUAUUGGCGGGCAAAACGGAGAAACGAAGUGGCCCCGUUGACGUCGGUGGUGCACUGCAGUGGAAGAAUAAUUUUCACACUUUCAGAUGUUUCGUAUAUACUAAACAAACGAGGAGCAACUCAGCUGUGCAUCAAUGGGUAUCCCUUCAUCCGUUCGAAAACAACCGAGGAGUACCAGUAUUGGACCUGCAGAGAAUACAAAGCUCUUCGCUGCACGGCUCGGGCCGUUUCGGGUCGCCGAGAACGGAGGGAUGAUCCUACCGUCAAGCUACGGGGCGUUCAUAAUCAUGUCAUUUUGAAGCGCCGUGAUGCGGAAGAAAGUGCUAAAGAUAUUUCGUUUACCCUUAAUAAACGAGGGGCAACUCAAUUAUGUGUCAACGGAUAUCCCUACAUCCGCUCCAAAACGACCGAGGAUUUCCAGUAUUGGUCCUGUAGCCAGUACAAAGUUUUACGCUGCCCAGCGCGAGCCAUUUCCGGCCGGCGAAGGCUGAGCGAUAAGCCCACGAUCAAACUUCGGGGCACCCACAAUCAUGGGAUCAUUUUGGAGCGCCGCAAACCGGGUGAAAGUGCCAAAUUGCUGAAACUGAACUCCAUGAAGGGGCGGGAGAUGGAAGUGUUGCCAGAAAAGCGGAAACGGUCGUCACCGGGAGCAUCACCUCCACCGGUGGAAUGUGUUUUAGGAGGCGAUAAUCCAUCCUUGUCGAAGUGA